AUUUCGAUUCGAGGUCCCGGAGAACGAACAUCGAUCCUCUCUCUCUCUCCCUCACUUCUCUAGAGAUCUAAGCAGCCGAGUCUUCUUCCUUCUUCUUCGAUCGCAUUUCAUUCGCAGAUAUGCAAGCUCUCAGCUCUGUCCUCUUGCUAGCAGCAUGCUUUUCCUUAGGGGCUCUCGCCCUCCGUCUCCCGAGGGAGGCACAAGCGGCGGUCGGUACAGCCACCCACAUACCCAUCCUCUUGGACGAAAGGGUUCCUCCCGUCGAUGCCCUCGGAGGAUAUGGCUUCAGGAUUCAAACAGGAAAUGGCAUUGACUGGACAGAAUCAGCCGCUCCAACUGGUCCCCUCAACCAAGUCAUCACGAGCGGAGCCUAUUCUUUCACUCACCCAGACGGUUCCGUCCAUAACAUGAGGUACACAGCUGACGCCGCAGGAUUCCACCCCGAGUCCAGUAUGAUUCCAACCCCAUUCCCACUGGAACCAUGGCAGCUUGAACAGGUUCGAUUCGCCGAAGAGCAGAGGAGACUGCAAGCACAGACCGGGACGGUUGCUUGAACAGCACUAGUUUAACAAAUCUACGCUUUUAACCUAUCGCCCGAGUAUUCCUUCCUUCUUACAUUGACAUUACAAUACAGUUCGUUAUGUUGUUUGUUUCCAGUGUGAAUGCUGUUUCCUAAUAAAUUGUUUAUCAAGAAACUACAUAA